GCGCGUCUGACUCCAGAUCAGAAGGUUGCGUGUUCAAAUCACGUCGGGGUCAAGUUCAAUUUAUUUUUUUUCUCUUUCACAUAAAACUAUUCAUUUAUAAUCGUCUUCUUAAGACGAUAAUAAAUUUUUAUCACGUUUUUAUAUUGUAUUUAGAAGAUAUAAAGUAGACUUUCAACACCAUAGCCAACCAGUAAAAUUGACAAUCUAUGCUUUUUAUACUUUUAAUAUAAUAGGCUAAAGGAGAAAAAUGUUUGAAUUACUAAUCGAAUUCCAUUCCAAUAUGAUAUUCUAUUGAAAAUUUGCUUCGAUUUCACCCAAUUAUCACUCAAACUUAUAUUUACUGCAGUUAUUGUUAGAUUAAGGAAGAGAAGAAGAAUUCUUUAUAGAUGAUUAUGUAUGUGGAAUCUUUAAGGACGUUAUCGAUAGUGUCUGUUGUUAAUAAUUUGUCUAAAAUUUAUGAAAUAUGCGUCUUUUAUAAAUAUCGUUUACCUAUUCAAGUGAGUAAUUCUAUAUUUGAACACUUAAAGCAUUCAAACUAUUCUUCUCUUUCAAACGAUGAUUUAAUGUUCUUUAGUUCGAAUGUUGUUACUUUAACGAAUGUUUCUUUUUGCGAAAAGCAAAUUGCUGUUGUUAAAAACUUUGAAUUUUUAAGAGAUCAUCCAAUUGAAAUUCUAGAUAUUAAAGAUAUUAACGAAUUAGAAGGGAUUAUCGUAAAUAUUAAUCCAAGAUCAUUAAGGAAAUUAUCACUUCGACAUUGUUUAACGACGAUUGAACAGACUCGCCAUCUAGGGGAGUUCUUGAAACGUUGCUGCAAUUUAGAAUGUUUGGAUUUGAGUUUCAACAGUGAAAUAGGUGAAAAUCUUAUACUCGCUUUCGAUGGACUUCGAUCUUCUUGCGCAAUGCUUAAGAAGCUCGAUUUAUGCUUUUGUGAAAUUAAUGGAAAAAAUGCUCAAUAUUUAGGUCGUUUGUUGAGAAAUUGUGAAAAAUUGGAAUCAUUGGAUUUAAGUUUAAAUUGUAUAUCGGAUGAUGGAUUUAGAGCAGUUCGUGAUGGAUUUAGAUUAUCUUGUUUAAAUCUAAAGAAACUAUAUUUAUCUCAUUGUUCAAUCAAUGAUUUACAAACAAUGUGUUUAGGGAGUUUAUUACAAAAUUCAAAAAACUUAGAAUCAAUCGAUCUAAGCCUUAAUCAAGAUUUGAAAAUGGGAUUUAAAGAUGUGUGCUACGGAUUGAAAUUAUCUAAUUGCAGAUUAAGAAAAAUAGACGUUUCUCUAUGUUUAUUAAACGAACAGCAAGCCUAUAAUCUUGCAGAUUUACUUCAAAAUCUAACUGAUUUGGAAGAAUUGAAUUUAGGUUUUAAUACCGGUAUGGAAAGCGGUUUUAAAGCUAUUUGUACAUCUUUAAGGUCGUCAUUUUUAAAGUUAAAGAAUCUCUACGUUAACAAUUGUUCAUUGAACAGAGGACAAGUUCAAUAUUUAGGGAAUUUACUGAAAAAUUGCAAAUAUUUACAUUUUUUAUACAUAAGUUACGAUAUGAGGAUACAUAAUGAAUUUAAUAAAUUGUGCCAUAUACUAAUCAACUCAUGCCAGAGACUCGGAACUCUUAAAAUAUCAUAUACAUCUCGUACACAUAUGAAACAACCUUGCCUCGGAAAAUUAAUACUUACAUCUGCUUAUCCUGAACAUUCAGUUCUGGAAUAUAAAUUACAGUUUCAUAAAGAUUUUACAGAUGUUUUUAAAGAUUUUAGCCUACUUUUAUAAUAAAUCAUUUCAAUGUUUA